AGUAAGCUCCAGCGCAAGACCGGCGCUGACUGAAACUAGAUAACAUUCAAUCGCACAGUGUACUUAGUUAAAGCGCUGAGGUUUGGCUUGCAAUGCAGGUGUGGGCUGCGCACUCGCCUGUGCGCAGUCUAUAUAUCUCAGGCUGCAAGUCAUCCUCCUAUCUUACCGGCUAUCCACGAAAUCUGGUCGACCACUUCCAUACCGCGAGUGUUAACAUUCAGAGGCUGGCGGGAAGCAUGCGGACGCUCAGGCUGCUAACUACAGGCAGGGUUAUCACGACUGUCAACCCAGCCAAGCUCACUGGCGACUGUUUUCGAGACUUCUCGGGCUUAAAAUUGGCUUCCCUGCGUUUUCAAGACGUUGGUUCGAGCUCUCGAACUUGGCGACGGACGCGCGGUUACUUGGGUCACAUCAAGAAUGGCCCUAAUGGUUACAUACCAUUUCCGCCGAGGACGCACGGCUUCCUCUACUACCACCCCCCUCCGCCCUGGGCCCACGAUCUCGCCGGCGAGAUUCGCUUCCGCAUUACAAAGGACAGCGACCCCUCCAGCUUUGCUAGCGGGCAUGACCUCCUUGCUCAAGGCAUGCCGUGGUCUGUGACACUGCUGUUCAACGCUCCUAUUUCGGCUUCCUUCCGUAAUGUCCUGCUGCGCGACGGUCUGCUUAGCGAAGACCAGACGCGCCGCAUGGAGCGCAUGGAGCCGUGGCGUUCCAAAAUUACGGCCAAGUCUCGUCUCAUCCAUUCGAUUGGACAGCCGUUCGCGCUACCUCUAGGCACGAACAGGAAUGCCUGGAUGACCACCCGGUACAUCGUGCCCGGCAUUAUAGACGGCAGAGACGUGCUCAAAAGCUUCGAUGUUGCCUCCGGCGCUGGGUCUCUAUGGGGUUACGACGCCGGUCCGGACGAGACCAGAGUCCUGAAGGAUGCUAUCGCCAUUGUACACUUCGAGCCUUGGGUGCAUCCACGCUACAAGAAGAGACGCUGUGUUGCACUGCGAAUCCGGCGACUACUGAAUUAUGAUGGCCUACCUGGCAACUUGUUAGAUGACCACCCCGGUCACGGUGCUGCCGGCCAUUUGCUGCACAGUUUGGGGCCGGUAAGAGGGAAGGUGUGGUACCAUGACCUUGAUCAAGGGUCAGUUGCGUGGAGGUACUUGCGUCUGCCUCCCGAAGGUGGGACCACGGGCUUGUAAGCCGUCUGUACUACCUAAGUUUCAUGCACGUUUGUUGUCAACACUCUCAACA